ACUGCUCCUGCGCCGAUUCAGAGGUGUACCGUCUUUCUUUCGUUCGAUCACAUAUCCAAGCUCAAGCGCUCCAGCUUCAUUCUACAUGUCGGCUCUCGAUCGCCAACUGCGUCCCAUCUAUGAUGCACUCGACAUGGGCUCACAUAAAUCAGCGGUGGUGUCUUGUAACAAGCUUAUCAAGAGGUACCCAAACAACCUCUUACUCAAGGCGCUCAAGUCUUUAGGCUUGGUACGAUCUCAGAAAAUUGAGGAGGCACUGCCGCUGCUUGAAGAAGUACUCGCAGCCAAGACAACAGAUGACGCCACGUUAACGGCAUUGAUGCAUGUCCUGCGAUUGCUCGGCAGAAACCAGGACAUCGUGUCGAUGUUUGAGAAUGCAUAUAAACAGCAGCCCCAAAAUGAAGACUUGGGUGUGCAAACAUUCUUUGCGUAUGCGCGCACGGGGAACUGGAAGGUUGCGCAACAAAUUGCAACCAGAAUGCACAAACAGUUUCAGGAGGACCGAUAUCUGUACUGGAGUGUUGUCGGAGCCCUCCUUCAGGCAAACGAUCUUGCAACACCCCCCGAGAUGCGGACGCUGCUGUAUAAACUUGCGCAUCGUCAAGUUGCUUCAUCUCCGUCUCCUUCGUAUCUAAGCGCCGAGCGUUUCUAUCUUCAUUUAUCAAUCCUUCAAGAACUACAGCUUUACGAUGAAGCCAACAAGCUGCUCGAGAGUGAGAUCGGCAAAAGCAUAUGCUCAACCAGCUUGCCAUGCAAUUACCUCCGACGCCAGAUCUGGCGUGCACGCGGGCUUUAUAAAGAAGAAGCUGAACGAGCAAAGGAUUUAAUUCUUGAAAAGAAUGACCGGAACUGGCUUGAGUUCUUGUCUAUUAUAGAUGCUGCGUUUCCUCCCAAGGAAAGCGGGCAAGAGCCUGUCACGGAUGCUAUUCCAGAGACUCGAGACUUCUUCAACAAGAUCGCCGAGACCGAUGGCGUCAAAGAUCGCUCUGGCUUGUUGGCACUAAUCGAAUUGGAGCAUCGCGCUAGGGUAGCAGGCGGUACAUCAGAUAUCACAGUCCUAAAGGCUCUCUUGCAAAAGUACUUCGUACUGCACAGCGAGAAAGCCUGCUGCUUUGAGGAUUUGAAGCCAUACCUGGACUUGAGCGACGCUGACCGUGAUGAGUGGACAACUUUCCUGGACUCCCAGAGAUCCACAUUGGAGUCAGCAACGGACUUGCGUUGUCUCAUCAAUGUACACAAACUCCAAAGGUUCUCGUUACCAGCCUCUAAGCUCACGGCGGAAUUGGAAUCUGGUCGUGCAGCAUCGUACAUUCGCGACUACAAGGAGGGACUCAGGCUGGGUUUAGAACUUCCUGAAACUGAACUACAGCUCGCCGACGACUUGGCCAUCCUGGCCGGCCAGGCACUGGUUAAUGCAUGGUAUCUCUCAAAAGAACAGGCUUAUUUAUUGCAGGCUGUUGCGUUGCUGGAAUUCACCCUCAGCAAAAGCAAAGUUGCUUACUCAGUACGGCUCAUGCUGAUACGGUUGUACCGAUUGUUAGGCGCACCUACUUUGGCCCUAAAUCAUUACCGUGCCCUCAACAUCAAACAUGUUCAGAAUGACACUCUCUCACAUUUUGCCCUUUCCCGAGCCACUACGUUCUCUUUGGCCUCCACUGGGGACAUUACAUACUCUUCUGAAUGUUUAGAGACCAGCCAAGUGUAUCUUAGCAAUAGUAACGAGACUUCAGAAUUCAUCACGCGAGCUUUUCAUGGAGAGCGUUACUCACAGAUACCCAACUUCAUUGAGUUCGAAGAACGACUGGAGAACUCUCUUCAAAGGGACCUUGUGAAGAUGGAGCAUGUUCGAAUGCGCAUGAUUCACGAGCCUAUAGUGUCGGACCUGAUUGAUAUGGAGUUCAUUGAACUAAAGAUCAUUCUCGACCGAUACCACUUUGACAACAGAGAUUUUGAUAUCAUGCCAAAUUACCAGCCCAACGGACAGCCAUCCUUCGAAGUACAGACCAGGCUAUUUGGCAGAAAUGCUGGUCUGGGCUGGUUACGGGUAUACCUCAAAAUGUUCAUUCGUGCAUUUCAACAUGCAAGCGAUUUGGACGAUGCUACCGAAGACAAGCUCCUUAUUGGCGACCGUCCGAAGAAAAGCUCGGACCCCGAAAAUCAACUUCCUCUUGUUGAACGCCUGAACAAAAGAAACCUUGAGGAGGAGAGCGAGCUGACCGAGCAAGAGCUGAAACUGUUCGAAUGGGCACUAACUCUUGCGGAUUGGCUUGAGCCAUACCAUAAUGUAGCGCGCCCCCCUCCAACUGUAGAUGGACAGAAGACUAGCAACGGAGAAACCGGCAGCUCUGCCAGGAAGGACGAUGCCCCUCCUGUCCGUAGCACUCCCGAUCUUGUAGUUAGGUUUUUUGAUGAUGUACAAAGCGAGUUCGAGGCUUCAGUCGGACGUGAUUGCCUGCCGUCUGAGUUACUUCAUAUUGUCACAAUCAUUCAAGAGGCUGUUACCCUGCUGGUCGCCGAGACGGUCCGCUUCAAGAGUACUUCCGUCGUUAAAAUCCACAAACUCAGUCAACUGGUCCAAUCUCUCAAAGAAGUUCGUACCAAAGCAUGCGUUUCAUUGAAAGAAACUUCGGAAUCGUUGGUGAAGUCUGGCGAGAAUUACGGAACGGCAGAUAGUCGCAAGGCGUUUGUCGAUGCCUGUAGUCCGAUUAUUGACGAUGAUUUGGUACACCAUGAUUUCGUUCUCAACAUCGCAAAAAAUGUUUGUGACUCUCGCAAGAAGACCCUAGAAGGAGUAGGAAAGGGUGGAUUGAAGAUCAGCAGCGCUUAUGACAAAGCAUAAUUCCCUACUCUCAAGUUAAACAACCAACUGUAGACUAUUACCUACAUUACCACAACUCAUCUCCAUUAUACAUCAGAAAUACAGCCUUAUUGAUU